ACCGGUCAACUCGCUCCUCCUACCCGCUGUGGGCUGGAUACUCGACGCCACUAGUCGGGCGACGCUUUUGAAGAAAGGACUGGCAUCAUCCGAGACAAAGAUAUCAGCACUGGCAUGGGCGGAAACGCAUUGAAAACUUGUGUCACGAGGCGCUUGCCAAUCGGGGACUACCGAGCGCUCAUCGCACGUCUGACGCCGUACGUCUCUAUGCUGUAUGAGCGGACCGCCGUGCCGCACAGCGUGUACGACAAACAGGACUUUGGCGAUUUAGACAUUCUGGUCGCGGGGCCCAAGGUAAACGACCCGGCGGGGCGAGUCGCGGACCACUUCCGGAGCAAGGAGCGCACUCGGGCCGGCCCGGUGACCAGCUUGGAAGUGGACGAGUUCCAGGUCGACCUGAUCAGCGUUCCUCUCGCGGCGUUUGACUACGCCUUUGCUUUCUACAACUGGAACGGCUUUGGCAUGCUUCGCGGCGUGUUGGCGCGCAGCCUGGGACUGAAGGACGGUGCGGAGGGCUUACGAGCCCCUGUGUACUACAGCCCGGUGGACGACGCCAAGGACUACGCGCGGAUGAUGGCGGACGUGCGCGCCGGCACCAUGAAUCCCUCUGCCGUGGAGGACUACGACGCGGACAGCUCCGCCGUGAUGGGUUUUGUGGUGUUGUCGCUGGACCAUGAACAAGUGCUGCGGUUCCUCGGGCUGGACGUUGAGGCGUGCCGGAAGGGCUUCAGAACGGUGGAGGAGCUGUGUGCGUACUUUGCCGCCACCAAAUACUUCAUGCCGGCCGCCUUUUCCAAGCACUGCGAGCGGCGGCGGCCCAUCAUGCUACGGUUUGGGGAGUUCUUGCACAAGACGGCGCUGCCGGCGGGGAGUGCUGCCUUCUCGGAGGUAAAUGAUAUCCGCAGAGCUGAGCGCGCCCUUUUCCGCAAGAUGGCCGUGCGGCACUUUGGCAAGACGGCGCAGUGGAACGCGCUGGUGGAGAAGGAGCGCAUCCGGCGCCGUUACAAAGCAAGUUUUGGGGCGGAUAUUGUGCGCGGGAUCACCGCAAUGGAAGGGAAGGAGCUGGGCGAGGUGAUGAAAAUGAUCAAGGCAAAGGUGCCGAUGGACGCCCCCGACAUUCCCCGCAUGCUGGAUGCGUUGGACGAAGACGCCGCCCGAGUCAUCAUCGAAGAAUGUUGGCGCAGCUUCACGCCGGAGGCGCAACAAAGCCAAUAAAUGCCAUAGCGGGACCAACGGUACCCCAUUUGUGGGCGCUCCGUCUCUCCCAAGAUACUUGUAGCACCAUGCCUGAAUCCACUAGAGCUAGGUCGCUUGGCGUCAGUACGAUCGGGAUGCGGUCGUAGAGGCGCGGUCCAUCAUGACCACCUACCAGCCCGUCAACGACCUCAACGACACCCGCAUCUAUGACCUCGACUUUCCCUCUUGGACAACGAGACCCACCUUGGCUCCAUC